UGCAUAGUGCACACAUACUGUAUUUGACCUGAUUUCGACACCAACUUUAAGAAUGGGUUUUAACUACAGCUGAUCUAACUGUAGUUCUGCUAAAUGACUAAAAAAAAGUUGUCAGUAUGGUAGAAAACUGAACAUUUUCAGUCAAUUAGUUCAUCCUUCUGUAAUCUUAUAUCAAAAACAGAAAUUAUGUCAGUUUAUAUUAUUCUUAAAUCAUUUAAUUUUCAAAUACUAAGUGCUUACUUUUGAUUUAACUUCAUCACUUAAUAGCUCAAUUUAGCAAUUUAAAAUAGUCACAUACUAGCAACGCUCUCCAACAAAUUUAGCUACUAUAACUGUCCUUAUUUCGGUUUUUGGUAUAAGAUUGCUGAAGGAUGUUUUGACUACAGAUGUACCUUUUUAUACCAUCAUUCUUAUUACCUUUUUAGUAAUUUGGCAGAACUACAAUAAGAUCUGCUGUAGUUUAAACACAUUAUUAUAGUUGGUGCCGGGACAAGAAACUAAUGGAUGCAUAGUUGAAAAGUAUAAGAUCAGAUAUAUGUCAAAACUCUAAACCGAUUCAAGAAUGAAUUAUGUGAUUGGCUCCUUACAAUUCCUUAAAAUUGCAGUCUUAUGAUUAUAUUUGGAGCUGAAAACAUAUAAAAAUACAUUUAAAAAAAUAAUAGAAUUCUUUUCAGAAGUGCUAUCCAUGCAUAACAUUCUGUUGUUGGACUGUUAAAAUGGAAUCUUACAAGAUAGAUAGACAGAUAGAUAAACAGAGGAUACGACUGCUCAGUGUGGUUAUAGUGGCGCAGUUAAAGUUGAGCCUUUUAAAGUAUCAGUACACACCAGUGCAGUUCACACACAAGCAACUUACAACAAUCUUGCUUAAAGAGACUGAAAAUGUGCAAGACAACCAGCAAAGGAAGUGAUUCUGUGAGGAAUAAAACAUACAAAAAAGUGACAGCAUAUUUGGUGCUGCAGUGCAUUCUCCUGCUGGAGGCCAUUAUAUUGCUGAGUAUUGAGCACAAAACUAAGGCUGACAUAUAUGAGAACGGAGAGGAAAACUUUGCAAACCAAAAGAAUACUUUACGUGAGGAAAUCGAAAACUUGGAAACAAAAAAAGAUGGAUUACAGCAAGAAAACAAUAAUGCAAAUAAGCAAAAACAACAGUUAAAAGAAGAGGAAAAAGCACUGCUAAAACAUCUUCAUGGAAUGGAUGGAUGGAUGUGCUAUCAAUCAGUUUUUUACUACAUGUCCACUGAGACGAAGAACUGGACUGAGAGUAAAAAAGACUGUGAACAAAGAGGAGCAAGUCUGAUGAUUAUAAACAGUAAAGAGGAACAUAAGUUUUUUAAAUCUGAUGCUAAUGUUUGGAUUGGUCUGACUGACAAAAAUGAAGAGAGGAAAUGGAAAUGGGUUGAUGGCAGCGAACUGGCCACUGGUUUCAGCUCCUGGGGGCCUGGAGAACCAAAUGGACUUCAAGGAGAGAGCUGUGCUGCAUCGUUUUCAGCAGAAUUGUAUGAUUUUUCAUGCAGCGAGACUUUUAAUUGGAUUUGCGAGAGAAAAUAAUCCGAAAAGCUUUCAUUUGUGAGCUAAAAGUAGUAAGAUGGUAAAAAAAGAUGUAUUUUGCUAGAAAUAUAUGCAUACAUAUGCAGUUGAAGUCAGAAUU